AUCAAGUUCUGAGGGGCUCGAGACAGCGACCGCGUGCACUCUGACUGUUAAAAUAGAGACAAUCUGAAACCGUUAAACGGUCAAACCCCUCACAUGUAACAGAUAAACAUAUCGGAUGUGUUUCAUUAACAGCAACGUAAACGGGGUUAAAGACGUCAAGAUCGCUGUGUUUCAAAAAGAUCAACAUAUCAGAAGUCCCGCACCGGAAGAUGUGCAGCCGAGCUUUCUGAAGCAUCAGUCUGUCAGUAUCUGCGGCGAUGAGCUGGGCCGGAGACGACUGGACCGUGGGUCUGACGGGUCACGUCCUACAGAAGGUUCAGCAGCUUCAGGCUCAGAAUGAGAAACUGGGCAAGGAAAGACAGCAGAGGCAGGUGCAGCUGGACAACUCUGAAGCAGCUCUGCACAAACAGAAGCAGAAGUAUGAGGAGGUGCGUGUGGAGCUGGCCACAGUUCACAGGGAGCUGGGAGGAGUGCGUGAAGUGGUGCAGAUGGAGGUGCAGGCCAGAGAGCGUCUGUCUCAUGACCUGCAGGUCAAAACGGGUCAGGUGCAUUCGCUGGAGGGACAACUCGAGUCUGCCAGAAAGCUGACACAGAACCUCACACAGGAGAUCAAACGGCUUGAGGCAGAGCUGGAAAAGCAGCAGAAGGGAAACGGCUCUGGGGAAUCCAUAUUGUUUUCCACACCUUGUUGGAACAUGAGCUCUCCUUGGGACAACAACGGUGGUUUCAGAUCGGAGAGUGAAAGCAAAACACAGCAUGCUAGACAGCUGGGCGGGACUUUCUCCCCGUUUCCACAGCAACCUCAUAAAUCCCCACCCCUUCAGAAACACAUCCACCAAUCAGAACCAUCCACCCCCUCCUCGGUGUUUCCAUGGGAACGUGAGGAUUUGUGGUCCACUCCCAAAGGACGACCAGCUCCAUCUGUGUCCUCCAGUGAUGUCAUAAUCAAGAACAGUGGCUCAGGGAUGGAGGAAGCCUUGAGGAAUGAGAUAGAUGAUCUGCGUGUGCGUGUGUCAAAUCUACAGUGUGAGGCAAAGCUGGAGUCCGAGCGCUUGAGAGACGUAGAGUCUCGUCUGGCUCAGGCUAACAGAGAGAUCAGCACCAAAGAACAGAGUCUGACACGCACGCAAGACCAGCUGACCCACGCACAGACCCGCAUCACACAAGAGACUGACCGGGCCCAGGCUUCUGAGCAGAAAGUCAAGCACCUUCAGGAGGAGCUGAAGUGUCAAAGGCAGAAUGCUGAAACCAGCCGCUGUAACGCAGAGCAGCGCAGGAAAGACACGGAGAGAGAACAUCAGAGGGAACUGUUGGAGCUGCAGAGAGAGAGACAGGCUCUGGAGAGACAACACCAGCAGGAGAGCAACAGACUCAACCAGGAGAUCCAGCAGGCCAGAACACUUCACAACACGCUGCAGGCUCAGCAUGACAAGGUGUGUUUGCAGAAGCAGAGUUUGGAGCGAGAUCUAGAGGAUGUGAGAGGAAAACUGAAGAACACAGAGUCUGACCUAAAAGAGAGUCAGAAGAGAGCGACACAGACGGAGGCCAAACUCACGGAGGCGGUGAGAGAUUGUGAGAGUCUCACUGUGUCUCUGGGCCAGGCGAAGAAACAGGAGAAAACUCUACAGGAAGAAGUAAAGCGGUUGACUGAAGAGCUUGCCGAGGCUCUCAGGCUUAUUAAAGAACUGCAGGCUCAACUGGCUGCUCCUCCAGCUGUGUCUGCUCCUCACUUCAGUUCUGCAGGAGACUGCUUCUCUCCCUCUGUUUCCCUCCAUCGUGACCGCUCUCCUCCUUACAGCCACUCCUCUCAGAGAAAGAAAGCCCCUAAAACAGGGCGAACAAGAGAAGAGGAGAGAAUGAAGUACCUCUCCGGCAGAGAGCCAGGAGAGGGCAUCGACGCGGAGCGCAUUGGGAAAUUUGAGUCUGAGGAAUCACUUCAAUUUAAAGGAAAAGGAAUCCGAACACAGCCAAGUGACUCUCUGAAACUGAGUGAGACUGACGUAGAGACCACAGUGACUGAACAGGAAACAGGUAUUGAAGACGUGGACACAGACUCGUUCACAUCUGAGUCAACCAGCGGCACAAUGCCUAAAAGUGAAUCGGACAUCUCUUACAGCCUGCAGGUAGAUGACACAUCAGGCCAAACAGAAACACGUGACUCUACACCUCUAAAAGGUCUGAAGAGAGAGAACAUGGAGCUUCGCGAUGAGCUUAGAGAUGUGAAAUAUGAGCUUCAGGCGCGACUUGAAGACCUCGAAACCCAGAGAAGAGCGGAAUCUGAGGCUAGGACCAAACUGAAACAGUUGAGUCGGAAACACUCGACACAGACAGAGCAGCAACGCGCCAAAGCUCUUGAGCUCAAAGAUAGCAUGACAAAACUGGAAGCCCAGCUGGAGCAAGAGAAGAAAGAGAGCACAAAACUGAGAGAAACUCUUCAAGUGCUAGAAAGAGAAGCUGAAAAGAGGCUGGAAGAGCUAGAGAGAGACCAGGAAGAAGGUUCCCAGCUGAAGAACGUCUCGGCUGAGAUGGAGCAAAAGGAGACUUGCAUGGAAGAAGAAAUGACACGAAUGAAAAAGGACUUACAAGUCCUUCAGCUCCAGCUUGCACAGGAACGAGAGGAAAAAGAGAGGGAGAGAGAAGCGGUAAGGAAGCGGAUCAGAAAAGAGGAAGUGGAAGGUCUAAAGAUUGUACAGCUUCAAGAAGAGCUGGACAAUUUUAAAAAACCUCAGAGUUUGGGAGAGAAGUUAUCAAAAGACAAUCUUCCCCUCACAUAUUUACAACUAGAACACCAUCCUAACACUGAUACGAAUCCUGCCUAUUCAGAAAACAAAGACUUGGUUUCUUCUCCCAACAACCAAGAGUCCAUCUGUGACUCUGUGAACUUUCAGAACAAAGUGGUCUGCAAAGAAACCAGAACAGUGGAACUGAUUACGGAUCUUGGAGCACAAACUAAACCACCAGAGGACAAGACCUCUGUCGCAGAGAUAGGUGGGACUCAAACAUUGAGUAAAGGUGCCUCAGAUUUGGACAGCACUUCUGUUUUAGUUUUAGAGGUGGAGCGUCUGAGGGCAGCGCGAGACCGAGAGUCCGAGAAGGCGAAACUAGCUCAAGGAAAGCUGGAGGACCUACAGAAGCUUGUGACCACUCAGACCAAGCACCUUACCCAAGCUUUUGAAAGCCAGAGCAAGCACAUUGAGAACCUGUUGAAAGAGCUGCACGACAAAGACUGCGCCCUCCAGAAGCAGAGCGAGGAAUUGCAAAAAUGUGAAGAGAAAAUCGGUCUUCUUGAAGAAGAAAAACAAAUUAGGAUGACCAUUGCCCCUAGUGAGGUCUAUACGCCUCCUGAACUGUCUUCAGAGAUCUCAAGAGAACUGAGCUGUGAUUCAGUCUUCAGCAACACAAGCAUAAGUGACUAUGAAUUGUUUAGUGAUGACGCACAACCAACUUUUUUUAAGGAGAAGUUCUCACGGCCUACUGUACUGCUUCCUAUUAUUCAAAACACUGACCAAACCAACACUAAUAAGAUAUCUGAUAAGCUGCAAGCAACUGAAGCCAUCAAGCCACAUGAAUUAUGUCUUGCUUCAGAAAUAAUUCAUUGGGGAAAUGCUCCGAAUUCUUGUGCUGUUUCGGAAGCAGCUGGACUUUGUGAAGUAAUUGAUGAGAACGCAACUUCUCUUUUGCAAAAUGAGCAGCUGGACGCUCUGAACUUCCAAAAUCAUGUUCCAGAACAUUCCACAGGUGAUCCCAAAGAGCUAGAACGAGUAACAAAGGAAUUACAGGAUGCGCAGCUUGAGCUGAAUGUGUUGAGGGCUCAGACUUCAGAGCUUGCUCUACAAGGAGGUGUGAUACAAGAAGAGAUUCUGACUGUUAAACGAGAGAAUGAAGAGUUGAAAUUGAAUCACUUGGGUGCUACACAAGAUGCUGCCUUACUUUUAGAGAACACUGAAAAUGAAGAAUUGACAAGCACAAAGGAAGGGUUACAAAGUGGCCUCCCAAUGGGACAGGAGUUGGACGUCCUUCACGCAAAAAGCUCCAAGGCAGAGGUUCAGUCUCUUCAGGAGCAGAUUCAGGCACUACAAGAGCAGAUCCAGCACCUCUCUGAGGAGAACAGGACACAAGCUGAAGAACUAGAACUCUGGAAGUUCUCUGAAGAAACAGUGGGCAACAAAUCCCCUUCCGUUGUACUAAAAGAGUUUGAGCUGUACCUCCCCUGCAGUCCAAGAAAGCUGCACACGCAGUCCCAAAUUACAAGAACCAAGAUGCACCAGUGCACUGUUAGAGAGGGGACACACUGGUCCCCAUUAGCUGACAUGAAUGACCAGACCAACUUGGGGAAGCACGUGUCACCAGAAACUCAAAUGACACGCGAUGUGAGAGAAUCACAAGGAUCUGUUGAGGAUCUUACGAAUGGAAAUGAGAAUGUAAUGACCAAAGAACAUGCUGAACACAAAUGUGAACGCAGCUCUAUCUACAAAAGCAACAAAUGUCCUCCUGUCUGUGUCUCAGAUAUUAUGAGUAGUAAUACUAAAGACAAGCUGUCACCUCCACAGACCAAACCAACAGAUUACAGUAAUUCAGAUUCUCAGCCGAUUGCCUCAGUGUCUCCCGAGGAUCUGACCAAAGUAGCAGAUGCCAGUACGGACAGCCAGGAAGAUCCCCUAAUCGGUGUUUCCAUCACAACCAAAUAUCAGACCGAGGUCAUCAAGUCAAAUCCAAUCACAGAGUCCUAUGGGACUACAGACUCCAAAAAUUCGGAUGUGUUAUGCACCGAGCAUAAUGAGAUUGAAACCAUGGAAACUGUUGAUUUGGAUAAACAUGGACAUUGUCAUGGAGAAACAACAGAUGAAAAGAACAAAGAUGUGCAAAAUCCAAUCAAGAAUGAAUCGGCACAGUGUCAAAUGGUAGAGUUCAGCAAGGUCCGAACAGAGGUGAAGAGUGUAUCCACUCAGACAGAGGAGAGCCGAGAGCUCAUUUUGGGGGACAAGCGGCCAUCCGUCCAUGCCUGUGCCCCAAAAGAUGGAGAUCAGCUGGAGACGGUGCAAAAUAAAGACCCGACCCCACAGUCUGUUACAAACCAACUGUUAUCCAGCGUAUUCCCCAUCAAUAACCCAGCUCACCUCGCUGAACGCAUCCGGCAAAACCGCAGCCGCAUGUCUGCCGCUUACGACGAGACCGAAUACGAACCGUAUGGCCUGCCAGAGGUCGUUAUGAAAGGAUUUGCUGACAUUCCCAGCGGGCCGGCUUGUCCAUACGUCCUGCGCAGGGGGCUUCUGGGAACUGAUGCAGUGCCCCUCCCACGCAGAGAUGCCACACCUCAGGAGGAUGAUGAUGACAUUGAGCCAUAAUACUCAUACACACCUGAUAUCUCCCAUUGGUUUCCAUGCUGAAGGAAUUUCACUGCCUCUUUAAUCCUAAUGUUGUGUCAAGGGUUUCUUCUGCACACUGCUCACCAUGACACUUGAGAGGAUUUGAGCAUUGCCUGUGUCAUGUGAUGUCGAAUUUAUAGACCCAAUUUGUAGUUUUGUGAUCUCUUUUUUUCCCCCCUUGAUUGUUCUUAGUACAAAAUAAAAGCCUUAUUGUGCAUAUUUAAGUUGUUGGGGCCUUUUAUAAUUUAGCUUUGAAUUUUUUUUUCGUAGAGGUGUUGUUUCCCCCCAUUUUAUGACACUUGAAUUUUGUGAAUAGUCUUAUUUAUUGGCUGACACGUCUUGAAGACUGUGCACUACUGCGAGAGUGUGUGUUUGUGUGUCUGUGGUAUGACUCAGAUCAACCUGAGCCUGUUUCCGAUCCUUGUAUGGCAAUUCACUGUCAGGCUGUUUCUUUCUCUCUCUCUCUCUCUUCUCUCUCUCUGUCAUCUAACAGCUUUAUAAUGCACAGUGGAGUAUUUAUAAGAUUGUCCAUUUGUAAUGAAGCAUUUAAGAAGCUUGGAUAUGUUUUUGAUUAGAUUCAUCUAUUUAUUUGAUUCACUGUCAUCUUGUGUAUUUGUGUAUACUUUUGCUUGAAUAUGUUUCUUCUAAAUGUCAAAUGGUCUGUAGGAUUUUCAGUUUGGAAUAUUUACAUUUAUUAAACGUAAAUGAAAUCCAAAUGUGUUGUUAUUGUUUUCCCACUGUAGAAAUCUGUACCAGCUAAAUUUGGAGUUUACUUUGUUACAAUUUGAAGAUACUUCAUAUUUUUUGUAUAAUAUCUGAUAAACUUUAUGAUUGACUAUAA